AUGUAUGGUUUAUGCAAAUCAAAGAGUGAAACUUUUGUUUGUACCGCGGUUGAGACACUGUAUUCAGUCCACUUUAAUCCAAAUAAAUUUUCAGUAACUUAAUUGCUCAAGUAGAGUGCAUUAGGCCACAUUGGCAUAGGAAGAUAUGUUCGGCUUUGGUGAGCAAACUUCAUGCUGACAGUGAAAAACAUUAUAUUGUUGCUUCAUCGUAUUUUUUUUUUUUUUUUUUUUUUUUUUGGUUUUGUUUUUUGUUUUUUUUUUUUUUGGUUGAGGGGGGCGGCUGCUCAUGAGAGAAAGGUGCACGAGAGAAAGGACCGGAGAGGUUAAUAAGAAAGAGUGAUCAAGAAUGCAACCACAAACAUUCCAUCUCCAUAUUGUACACUCAUGCCCAACACGCCUUAAUUAUUUGCAUCACUACCAUCAGCUGGCAGGCUCAGUAGCUCUUGCGACACAAGUUAUGUCAAAGUAUCACAUGACCCAGUUGAUUUUUUUUUUUUUAAUUUCCUUUGGCACUUCUGCUGCCAGUGAAAGAUUUUUGUAACGACAAACCAUGCACGGUUUCUUCUUCACAAUAAUUACACUUGAUUAAUUAUUUUCCUUCAGACCCACAACACGCAAUUAAUUAAGGUAUAUAUAGUAAUCUUACAAACUAUUCAAAAUUAAUUAGCGCCACCAUUUCUCGACACUGGACAGUAUAGCUUAACACCUAAUGGACAAUCACUAAGACAAAAUGUCUGUAGUCUUCCCCUUUGUUCUCUCAACGCACCCAUCAAUAUUCGUAGAAGCUGAUUUUCAUCUAAUAUCCAAGCCCGGUUUCUCUGGGUGUGUAUAGGGUACGACGUCGCCCCGCGUGUAAAAUGGUACCCGAACGUGUGUCGUGUUGACACCACUGUUGCCGUGCGAUGCGCUCCAGGUAGACGAACCUGCACACCCGAGUGCAACCGUGACUCAGUUGAUCGCUUUGGCAGUCAAUCAGACUGUGUCGAUCGCUGCGCUCCUUGGUGUUGGUGGAGGGUCUUUGAAAAAAGUUCCUGUCUCCACUCUUUCUUUCUCGUCAGUCGAUCAAACACUACCCAUGUGAGCGUGUCGCAAUCUUUAUAAAAGUCUAUUUCCGUUUGGACGGGACUUAUUUGCCUAGUUGUCUGUUACAGGAAAAUUUGAUCAGGGUGGUUUGCGUGCUCCUCCCAUACCUACCCCAGAAACCCAUGCUUUCUGACCUUGCGUCUCGAGUGUUGGACAGAAGGUCUGUUGAUCGUUACUAUUGAGGACUGCGAAGAAGUUUCUAGCCUUUCUUCGCGGUAAGAAACCUUUCCGUGGUGUAAAUUAUGUAUCGAAUGAAUACGAUCUUUGAUUGAAGACUCGCCAGGAAAAGAACCCCUAACUGUUGUCUGCCUUCCGCUAUGGAGGUCGUUACGUCACGAGGGACACAUCACACCUAAGACCGACAUUUUGGUGAGACGCUGUUCAUCACCGAGUUACAUUUUACAGACGAUGUCGCGCGUGAUUCGCCGCGCGACAGGGGUCCUGACCUCCGCCUCUACAGAAGAUGGCGACUUCGUAGCGUUGAGAGCGAGGCGAGAGGAGCGCCAGCUCGAUGUCAUAUCAGAGGAACUCGAGGACUUUGAGGCACCGGUGACAACUGCUGUUGUGGACAGACCCGUGUCGGCACGGACAAGGACGGCAAAGGACAGACUCUUCGAAGAGGCUGAGAAAGCCAAACCCGAACAAUUUUUAGAACUUCUCAAUGUGUUUGCUAACGAAAACGGUCUGGCGAAGCUGCGGCAUCCCGAAAACAACAUGAACAUCUUGCACUACGUCCUUCACCAUCGCCGGCGAGAUCUGGCGACGAUGAUCGCCGAGCGCGUGGAGCCAGCUGUCUUCAGCCAGGAGUGUGAUGUCACCGUGGCGGCAAUCAAGGGCAAGAAAACCGCCUUGCACUACGUCACCGAGCUCAACGACUUGCAGUUGGCUAAACUCAUUCUGAACAAGGUAAAUGCAGCUCAAAAGAAAGAAAUUCUAGCUCAGGAAACCCCCGUGGAAAUAGAAGGUCAGAGGCCAAGGACACUGCCCCCAUGUCAUCUUGCGGCCUUCCUGGGGUUCACGGACUUGGUCGUGCUCUACCUUGACAACGGCGCAGAAGUAAAUGCUGUGAAUUCCAAGAUGGACACGACCCUCCUGUGGGCAGCAAGGUGGAGCCACCUGGAUAUCGUCAAAGUGCUGCUGGACCGUUGCGCAGACACCAGCAUCGAGAACGACAAAGGGUCGACGGCGCUGUACUGGGCAGUGCGUUACGGCCACACCGAGUGCGUCAAGCUGCUGGUCAGUCAAGGGAAAGCAGACAUCGGUCAGACCAGAAAGCUCGGACUUGUCUCCCCCAUCGUGCUGGCGUCGGCCCUCGGGUUCCUGCCAAUCGUUCAGAUUUUAAUUGAAAACGGAGCGGAUCCGAACACCUGCAUCCGAGGGAAAGAGAGACCUCUACACCAUGCAGCCAAAGAAGGCUACCCCGAAGUCGUCAGCUACCUUCUGGAGAAGGGGGCGGGUAUCGACCAUGCUGACGAGAUCGGCGACACAGCCCUUCUGCACGCCGCGCGACAUGGCUUCGCAAAGUGCGUGCAGGUGCUGCUGAACAGGGGAGCUAAUCACAAGCACAAGAACCACAUGGGGGAAGAUUUUAUGUCGCUUGCGGUAGAAAGCCACAACAAACAAAUCUUAAAGAUCGCGAUGCAGUUCACCAAGGACAGUCAGGCGGUGCGCUCCCCUUUACUGCUGGCUGCAGCAGCCGGCGACUGCGAGAAGAUCACCGAGCUGCUGAAGAUGGGGCUGGACCCGGGUGUCAUCGACGACGAUAAGAACACCAUUCUGCACCGAGCAGCGAUGGAAGAUAGAUACCAAGUUAUCAAAAGCUUUCACGACAAGGUGAAGAUCGACAGCCAGAACAGCGCCGGCAACACGGCCUUGCACGAGGCUUGCGAGCGAGGGUUCUCAAAGACCAUUGGCGCCCUCAUCAGCAGCAAGGCCACCGCCAGCAUCCGGAACAACUUGGGCGAGACGGCUUUGCACGUCGCUGCUCGCUGCAGGUCCAUUCAGCCGGAAACAGUGAAGAUCCUCAUGGAUUACGUCAUCAAGUCUCACGCCUGGGAGUCGCUCAACAUCAAAGAUAACUUCGGGAACAACGCGCUGCACAUCGCCGCCAAGUUUGCCAGACCGGAAGUGAUGUGGGAGUUCCGCAGCGUGCCUUUUAAGACUAAGGAUGACGAUGGUAACAUCGCAUUACACGAAGCGGUCAGACCUGGGGAACCCGAGGCUCUCACAGCCAUGCUGGACAUCUUCGAGGCAAUGAAGCGAGACGCCGACAUCAACGAACAGAACAAAGCCAAGGAGACCGUCCUUCACCUGGCUGCGAAGGAAGGCUUUGCUGACCAUAUGGCCAGACUCGUCAUCCUGGGUGCUGACUUGUCAGCUCAGGACAUAUCGGGCAAUACAGUCUUGCAUAUGGUGACUAUAUUGUCUGCCAACUAUCCCCGUAAAGCUAAAACCUGCGUGACUGUCUUUGAUGCCAUACUUGCCCAGGCUGUGAUGUGGUGGUGCCAGAAGCACCAGCGAGAGUACCCACACGGGGACGAGGACACUCUCCGACAGUUCACCCGACAGGCGGCGCUGAGACUGCUCACCGAGACUUACAACAAAGAGGAUCUCAAUGUCUUGGCCUUGGCUUGCAAGGUUGGGGCAGCCGACAUCUUGCGACUGGUACUAGGAAAGAGCGAGGUGAUGUGUUUUCAUUACACGGACGAAGUGCUGUACACUGUCACUAACAUGACUCCUCUGACCAACAACUCUGUCACCGGCUGUUGCCCCGGGGGCACUGUGGUUCCUCGUCUGUCCUACCUCGAGUGGCUGCUGUCGCUGGACAACUCUGAGCAAGCCUGCAAGGUUCUGGAUGUUCAGCCUUUUCGGGAUAUGGAGAAAGCUUACAGCAGAGUCGCGGCUUUGACCUACGCAAUCAUCAUGGCGAUACACAUCGUGUACAUGUCGCUUUUCAGCUACUCCUCCAUCGACUUGCUGGAAAGGAGACGCACGGACCCUGGCAGCGCCGCCUGGCCGGCCUCGAGGAUCAUCCUGUACGCAGUCGUUCCUCUGGAGCCUAGCUUCAUCCUCUUGUACCAGUUGUACAGCUUCGCUCAGGCCAUCUGCGUGGGUGAGGCGCCUCUACAGUACAAGCUGUUGCUGGGCUUCCGCAAAGGCUUUACCGCUGUGCUGAAUACGGCCCUGCCUGUCAUCAUCGGCGUUAUCUACUCUAGCUCCGUCGUCAUCUGGAUCAUCCUGUACAGUGUGGACGUCAGCAUCAUGGAGUACGCCCUGGCGCUAGCGCUGUGUGUUGGCUGGUUGUACACCAUUUCCUUUACUCGCGGCUUCCGCAUCAUCCACUUCUUCUGGCGCAUGAUCCAGAACAUGAUCGUCAAAGACAUCGUCAAGUUCUUCUUUAUCUACAUCUUCGUUCUCCUCGGUUUCGCCUUCGCUAUCCAUUCCAUAUUGCAGGUGUCGCAGGUGGCGGCCAGCAAGUACCCAAGUCCCCUCGACACCAUGUUCCUUGUCUUCCGGAUGAUGAUUGGCCAGGCCGACAUCUUCGAUGACGAUGUCAACAGCAGCGUUGGGAGCUCCUACCUCACAUUCCUCAAGCUGACCUACCUCGUGUACAUCGUGCUAGCAACCAUACUGCUCCUCAACCUUCUCAUCGCCAUGAUGAACGACUCCUACUCCGCGAUCUUGAACCGCAACAGCGUGGACUGGCGUUUAGAGAGCGUCAAGCUCGGGGUGGACAUCGAGAAGGCCUUCCCCCGGUUGCUGACGCUGUUCGGUAGGGCCAAACUCCGGCGCGGAUUGGUCCUUUCCAACAACGGGCCAGUGCUCGCGUCCAAAGCUACCUCCGACCCUGAGCUCAGUGUCAAGGUCGACGCACCGGAAGCCUGGUAUAUGACUGUCAAGGGCGCGGAGCAGCGCGAGGACGCGGAGACGGCGGCGACAGAACGCGAGCUGCUGCACGACCUCAGCAGCAGGGUGACGGCCAUAGAGCAGAAGCUGACCUUUGACCUGCAGCAAGUGCGGCAAACGCUGGAUGACGUGCGGGCUCACCUCAAGGAAGGUUCCUUAGCUAUGCAGAAUGUUCGGACGAGUUAACAUUGAAACAAAAGUACAAACACAACAUAACGGGAACGAAAAUAUCAGAAGUGUUAACGUUGUUCUACAAUCGCUCAAUAAUAAGUCAUGCUGAUGGGUCUUUCAUUGUGUGGUUAUUGCUGUCACUACCACCACCCUCAACUUUCCCCGUACCCUUGUUUUCUUAUUUAUAUUUAAGGACGAAGUGGUCUCGUUCGUAACUGCUGUUGCUUUCAUUUACCUGAACACAUUUUCAUACGUGUCUUCUUAAUAAAACAGACUUCGAAUAUCGCCAUAAUUUUCAUUUUGCACUUUUAAAAUACCAAAGCAAUUCCAUUUGCCCAGUCCAUAAUAAAAAAUGCAUAAACAGAAGAUCAGUGCGAUGAUAUAUAAUGUAAGUCAAAUGGCAAAGGUCAUCGAUGAGAAUAUGAGAGACCUAAUUUUGCUCCAGUCUUACGCAUCCUUCGGUCGAAUUAAAAUGCUUUAUUCUAAAAAAUAUAAAUGUAAAAUGCAAAUCAUCCCCUAACCCCUCCCUUUUUUUUAAUUCGAGUUUACACCUCAUUAGCGUUGGAGAGUGUAAAAAAAAUGAAUUGCGUGAACAAAGAAAAGUUCAGUAAUUUAUAAAAUGUGUUAAAAAAGUAGUUUUGUUCACUACAUCUUUUAUAAAUCGUCACCUUUGUAACAUCACUUUGCAUUUUUGCAACUUUUAACCUGUUACAUUUCUCCAAUCAGUCUUACCUGGUUGGACACGGUACUGCUGACAUGUGUGGAUGCUUGUAAAGAUUUACAGAAUUUCGAUGUUCUCAGGUGUUGUACAGAAACCCUUCUGCAGAAUACUCUUUAUUUUAGCACAGCCAGCAACUAAUACAUACGACUUUAUCUUAAUUGAGAUGGAAAUAAAUACUGAUAUAAUUUUGUUGAUA